AUGUGUGGAAUUUGCUGUUGCCUUUUCGUGGAUAAUCACAGCUCUAGGAGUCGCUAUAAGGUUGGUUUUUAUCCUUUAUCCGAUCUUUCUAUUCCUUCAUAUUUUUUUUUGGUGAGAAGCAAGAAAACUCUGAGCACAUGUUGUUCUCUCAGCAGUGAUUAACAUGUAAAUUCUCCUAAUAAAAUUUAAACAUCAUCAAGCAAACAGGUAACGAGAAUACUCAAUCUUAUCAGGUAGAAGUUUUUUUUAUCUCGGUCUUACAUCAAAUUCUCGUUACUUAUUUACAGGGAAAUGUCUAGCAGCUAGAGGGGAGAAUUCACGAUCAGAUCUUGGGAGUUAAAGAGCCUCCCAAUUUUCUAUUAAUUUUUUCGGCAGAUUUGUGGUCCUCAAUUUCCUAAACUUCUAAUGCUAGAGUUGUGUUUUGUUUCGUUGAAAGUGGUGGCAAAAGGAUCAGGGGUGCAAAGUUUCUUUAACAAUUAUUUCUUAAGGCUAUUUCAGAUUCAAUCCUUCCACAUCUCCAAAGAAGAGGUCCUGACCAUGCCGGAAAAACAGACUGUUCCAUAACAAAUGAUAAUGGAACAUUCUGCUUGAAAUUUGUUGCUACUGUGCUUCAUUUGAGAGGAGCAAAGACUCCUCAACCUUUAAAGGAUGAAUCUGGGAAUAUUUUGUUGUGGAAUGGAGAAAUAUUUGGUGGAUUACAGGUACAGUUAUUUACAUAAUUUUAGAAAUUCCAAAUGAAAAAUAAAAUGAAAUGAAUCACUUAUUAUAGGAGAUGUCAGUGUUGUACUGUAGUAUUCCUUUUCAAGUGUACUGAGAAUUCAUACAGCCAAAAUGUUGAAGUAUUCAUUUAGUACAUGGUGAAGAUUAUAACAAACUACAAAGAAAAAAAAAAGGCUUACUCAAAGUACUGUAAUACACCAAGCUUGUGAAUCUGAGAAGUCAUUCCAUUAAAAAAAAAAGGAAUAUUUUAUUUUAGUCAACAAGUAAACCCUAACAUAACCUUUUUAGGUAAAGGAAGAUGAAAACGAUACUCUUGUUUUGCUGGACAAGUUGUCUAACCAUCCUUCCGAUGUUCCUCCUUCUCAGCAUAUUUUGUCUACACUGGCAAAGAUUCAUGGUCCCUGGGCAUUUCUUUACUGGCAGGUACAGGCCUCUGAUCUGCUAAAUAUACAAGGAGAUCAAUUUAUUAUCUGGGGAAAGGGCCUAGAACAAUGCCGUGGUAGGAUGAUAGCAUUAUUAGGUAAUAGGAAAAAGAAUAUCCACAAUGUCUGAAUGAAAAAAUGUAGCUAGGUCACUGAAAUUUAACAAGAGAAUUUUGUGUAGCAGCCAGAGAAUUCUUAGAUCUUUGAUGAGUAAUAAACCCUCUGAAAAGGUGAAAAGAAUUCACAGACCUGUCCAAAGGAAUGUGCAAUCUUAAUGAAAUACCAAAUUUUCACAACUUAUACCAGGAGAGAGCAGACGCAUUUCUGUUUGUCAAAUUUCUCAAUGAUGGGUCACUUUUUCCUAUCACCAAAAAUAUGCAUGCCUUUGCAGGCUACUUGGAUAAUUUGUAAGGAAAUGUGGAGUGGUUGGAAAUGGGUGUAGGGAACAAAGGAGUUUGAAUCAGAUCUUGAAAAAUCAAUAGUUGAUAUCAUGCCAUGGUAAUCAGAUUGAACUUCUUAGGUUUACAGAAUUACCUCAUUUUUCUAUUUCUGGGAUGUUUCAUUUUUGUCUAGGUAAGUGAACAGAAGCUAUGGUUUGGCAGAGAUUAUUUUGGACGUCGCAGUCUCUUGUGGCACCGUCCUUCAAAUCCGGAUGAUGUACUUGCAAUAGCCUCUGUGACUGAGAGAAACUCUGUUGCUGCUGGAACGGAUCUGGUGAGUAUUUUCCUUUGCUUUUUGAAAGUAAAGUGUUCAUGUAGAACCAAAGCUGAUUUUUUCAGAGUUUAAAAGUUAGAAUUUUGUAUUAAAACAGCUAGGCUAUACAAUAAGGCUUUUUUUGCACUAGCCUUCUUGGCUUGUAUACCCUCACAGUAUCUCUCUCUCUGUUUGUUAUUGUUUAUUUACAAGUUAUUCUGAUUUUAAUCAACUGAGUUGAUGGUGUGAGAUACUGACUGCUUUCGAGUAUUAGCCCACACCAUGUGUUCGUGGUUAAUAAUUGUUGACUUGACACGAACAAAUAUAUGAGGGUCAUGAGUAAAGCUUUGAAAAUUGCAUAUCCAAAUUACAUCUCGGUCUACCAAUCAGUGCAGCAACUUCUCACGACAGCCCAUUGCGAUUCAAAACCUAGCCAAGCGCUGAUUGGUAAAUUUAACACAGCCUGCAUGCUUCGAAUCCUUUGGUCGCUUAGUUUGGCACCGAUCAUAUCGAGAAUGUUGUAUUCAUGAUUUCAGCAUCGAUUUUCUCGGAAAAUGUUGUAGAGAUAAAGCUCAAAUUUUGCAAAGAGAUAGAGCAGCAUCCCAUCGAUCAACAACCGUCAACCGUUAGGAGAGAUUUUCAGUAGUUUGGCGUUAAUUCUAGUUUGAAGUGGAGGAGGUCGCGGCUGGCGGCCACCAAGUUGCAAGCCUUGUCUCCCUAUCCCUUUCUUAAGGGCUUCCGGCCAAAAGUAAUUUCGUACAAAGACGAUUUAAACGGCCCACUAGGGCUGAAAAAUACCACAAUGCUUCGAUUAACAUUUCAUUUAACUUAAUUGAGACAAUCAGACCGAGAUGUAGAUAUGCAAUUUCAAGUUUCUAAGCUUUAUUCAUAACCCUCAUAGAUUUUGUUCGUCUCAUGUCAACAACUGUUAACCACGAGCACAAAGUGUGGCCUGCCUGUGGUUAGCCCUUCCCUCUGACGAAGUAAAAUAUCUCUGAUCUUUCUGUUAUAGCAUUUUGAAGAGAUUCCAGCCGAUGGCCUGUAUUGCUUGGAUUUUUUGAGUUCGACGAGCGAGCAAGAUGAGAAACAAUACUUUAGGAUCAAUAAAUAUGAAUGGACUAUUCCAGGCGAGGAAUUAGAGAGGAAAGGGCUUCUAAAUUGUCCUGUCACGCCUUUCAGCAAACAAAUGCCAACUGAAAAAGACUUAAGAAUCAUUGAAGAAAACAGGCGAAAUAUUCAUUCACGUUUGAGUGUACAAGAUGAAGGUAGAAAGAAAUCGAAAGACAUUCCAAUGAAGGAGAGCAAAGAAACGUUACAAGGAGAAAAUUAUGUAGAAAACUUUAACAAAGAACUUCCUGAAGCCAUCUUGCCUCCUGACACUGUGGAAACAAGAAAUGAAACUGAAGGAACUGCUAUUAAACCUGAAUACUCGAACGUGAAUUGUGAUCACGAAAUGACUGUGCGUGAAAAGAGUGUACGUGAUUGUACAUGGACUAUGAAGGUGAACGGUUCUUCGACAAAUGAAACUUUACUAGAUUCUUCUUAUGGAAAAAAUUCUUCGGAGAGUCCAUGUGGCUACGAUUCCAGUUGCUAUCCGGUUGGUUUGGGCUGUACGGGAAACGAGAGAAACUUGUGUUUAGAAAAUUAUUCCAAGGAUGAUGCACAAACUGAUUUAAACGAAGAAUGUGCAAACUUUUCUUCGACUUUGACAAUCGCUGAAGAGUGUCAUCAGAGCAACUUGUUAAGAACCCGAAAUGAGUGGGAUUCCUGUUACGACGAAUCAAGAGACAAAUUUAUCGCAGUUCUUGGUGAUGCUGUAAGGAAACGAGUGUGGAAUCUGCCGAGAACGUCAUGUGAUAAGCAUUUAGUUGCUUCUGUUUCUUCAUCUGAAAGAAGUGUGGAAGCGGGAAGUUUGGAAAAUUCAGAAGUUCACGAUGCUCGUGUUGGAAUAUUAUUUUCGGGUGGAAUUGAUUCAAUGAUGAUAGCAGCUUUGGCGGACAAGUAAGUCGACAAAUAAUGGAAUACGCAAAGAAAUAAACAAAUUAACGAACGAACAACCAAACAAAUGAACGAAGGAACGAACAAACGCACGAACGCACGAACGCACGAACGCACGAACGAACGAACGAACGAACGAACGAACGAACGAACGAACGAACGAACGAACGAACGAACAAACAAACAAACCAACGAACAAAACAACGAACGAACGAAUGAACAAACGAACAAACCAACGAAUCAAUGAACAAACGAAUAAACAAACGAACGAACGAACAAACGAAAGAAUGAACAAACGCACGAAAAAACGAACGAACAAAAGAACGACCAAACGACCAAACGAACGAACAAACGACCAAAGCGAACAAACAAAACAACGAGCGAAUAAACAUAGGAGAAAAUCAGAUUUAAAACGAACAAACUAGUGAACCUAUAAACAAACAAAUGAACAAGCGAGCGAACGAACGAGAACAUGAACGAACGAACGAGCCAACAAACAAAGGACACGAAGAGCAAGCGAACCAUCAUGAUAUAACUAUCAAACAGCCAAACGAACAACGAGCGAACAAAUGAAGGAAUAAGGUCGAACAAAAAUAGUCUUUGAGUAACGGGUAACUUUAGUUGGGUAUUUAAUGGACACAUUUCAUUUCUAGGUAUGUACCUGUUGAAGAAGCCAUAGACCUUAUUAACGUAUCAUUUGAACAAAAAGUCAAUUCCAGUCAUCCUCCGAACAAGAAGACGAGAAAAGGAAAACAGACGAAAAAGAACGCAACAGAAGUGAAACACUCUAGAAAUUUCAGUGUACCAGACAGACUUACUGGAAUAUCGGGUUUGGAGGAAUUGCGCCUUAUCAGCCCGUCACGAAAAUGGAAUUUUAUCGAGGUGAAGAGUUUUAAGUUGUCGGAUAUUUAAUAUACACAAAAAACGCGCAACAGGUUGCGUUUAGUUUUUCUUGUGUUACUUCGUGGCUUGAUCGAUUGGCGAGAACUCACCUUGCCUAAUCAGCCAAACAGAAAGUGCGCCGUUAGAUUGAGUGUUGUAAGCCAAGGUCCACUUGAAAGAGGAACACGAAUUGAAGAACCAAUAAGAAUUCGAAACAAAACAAGCAAACUGACCGAAGCGCUGGAAAUCACUGAAUGACUAAAGUGCGAUUGGUCAUACAGCAGUUUUCUAUUGAGUGUCGAAAGUUAUCUGAAAUCGUAUCGGUUUCGCUUUACUUCGUUUUGUGAUUGGUCUAAAAAAUUUGCGCCACUCUCCCAACCAAUCAGAUGCAAAGCUGGAAUCAAUUAAGACUCGGUCGCCCGCGUUUUCUCGCGCUUUAGGCAGUUUUGUUGUUUUGCUUGAGUUCUCAUUGGCUCUUGCAAGUUUUUUUCCUUUCUUCUCAUUGGACGUUGUGGUUACAUUUGUUUUAUGUUAUACGACACUGAAUCGAAAAGCACUCUAAUAUUACAUCUGAUUGGUUGAGAGAUUGGCUUGAGUCCGGACAUCUAUCAUCAAUCAGUGGACUCAACUUUCAGCUUAUUUGGAUCUCAUUCGUCCUUCCGACGGUCGCACGAUUUGCUCCAAUCUUUUGUUCAUGUGGCGUAUCAGUUUUCCAACAUUUGGAGUUACCAACUUGUCAUUGCUUUAUAGUUUCUGCCAGUAUCACGUGUUAACUUUCCCGCGCUUACUGUCUGUCACCAGCGUUUGUUUCCUUAUCGGUCGCACGCGGCGUAAAUUUCCCGCGCUUAAAGGCAGACUCGUGUACUUGUUCUGAGUUUUCAUUGUUUGAAAGUGGUGUUUCUUGUGAUUGACUUUUGGAUUUUCUUUGUUUGUGUUUUAACGUAAUUUAGUUUCCACCAAUAAUUCUGUUGGCUUAAAUUCACAAUUUUGUUCCUCGCUAAAGGUUAAUGUGACCCUUGAAGAACUGCAAGAAAUGAGGUACGACGAGGUAGAGUUUAAAAAAAGAAAUGUUAAGUUCUCGUGAGUUCAGAAUGGUCUGAAGCUUUUGUUUGAUUGAACGCUUGAUUGACGCUUUCGCGUAGGAAAGGAAAGAAGCAUUACUCUUCGGACGACCCAGUCGCCCAGAUGCUCCGCGAACUAUACUUUAGAGAAAUCGUUUGCAAACCAAGUCACAUCUUAAAAUCGUGGUCAAAUUUAUUGGGACACUUCUAUUAUUAGAGCAGAACCUUGUGCGAAAUAUGUGACUGAUCUAUUAUAGGAAUUAUUCCUUUUAGAGCGUUGUAAUCUCUUCCCUCCCCACUUCCCCUCCCCCCGAUCAAUGAACGUUUUCGGAACUGUUUCAAACAUUGCAGUAGGGGGUGGGGUGGGGUAGAGGUGCUGCUGUUGCAAGGUUCUAAAAUGUGAUCAUUUGCGACCGUUUUGUCAUAACGGUCUCAACAGCUUUGUUGAGGAUUGUAUGUUUAUGUGUGACAAGAGUUGGGCAUGUGGUAGGAUCUUUGUUCACGCUGUUACUUGAUUUUAUUCUCUUCAGUAAACUAGGAUUUCUCAUCUUAAAUUUCUCCAAGGUCACGCCAUAUUAGCCAUUUGGUGUCCCCCCUGAACACAGUAUUGGAUGACAGUAUUGGAUGUGCUUUGUGGUUUGCUGCCCGGGGAGUUGGUCGUCUGCGAACCACCUCAGGGAAUAGUAACCUCAAGCAAGAUAGUGAGGCAAAUGUUGAAGAUGAGACGUAUACAAGCCGAGCUAAGGUACAACAGUUGUUAGCUGUGACCCAGAAGUCAAUCGGAGUGUAUGUUUAUCCCAAAGCAGCGAUCUUCAAAGAUAGCGAAGUUCCGAAAGAUCGAAAGUAUCGUUGCAUUUAGAGCUCUCCAACCAGGUAUUGUCUUGGUUGCGAUUCCCGCUGAAAUUAAAAAAUUGAAAAUUAAGAAAAUGGAUCCAAACACAGCCUGUUUUUAUGCAAUUAUUGCUGUACCUCUCGGCGUACAAACUUUUGUGAAAAAGAAGACUAUCAGAUAGUCAUUUCUCAAAUAAUUCCAGCUACACGGCUUUGAAAUUUUCAGAGAAUUUUUCAGUUAUUUACUAUACUAGAGAGCGUUGUUCCUCCAUAACCAUUCCCUCCUUGCAAGUAGGUUUAGUGUUCAGAACGAUAACUUUGAAAUUCCAGUUGCUAUGUUGUAGUUUUAUUCAUUUGUUAACAAAAAGUGAAAUGACUGAAAGUUAUCGGGAGAUGCAAAAUUCGAGCUUUUCUUUCUUUUUUUUUUGCAAGUGAAAUGCUCGCUCGUGUCGUUUUUUCUUACAGUUUUUCUUUUUUUUUUGGUUUUUUUUCCUCCAUUAGACCUUAGCUCUGUAUCCAGAUUUCAACUCUUACCACACGUCAAGUGUACAGAGUAACCAUGUGACUCAUAAUUAUCGUUAUCCUCAUUUUAUCAGGUUCUGUUGGUUGGUAUGGGGGCUGAUGAACAACUGGGAGGAUAUGCCAGACACAGGACACGCUUCAAGUGAGGGUUAAAACUGCACCAGAGUCGAGUGGUCCACAAAGCGCUAGAGCUUAUACUGGCCUCCGUAGCAUGGAGCAACGAGGAGUAUUAUUAUACAUCAGGCUUACAAUGAAAACUCUGAUUGGUCAAGAGCAUACAGCCAGUAUACAAUAGCGUGUGAAGUUGACAUGAUAACCCAAUGUCUGAAGCAGACAUUGGGUUAUCAUGUCCAGUUCAAAGUCUGCUUAGUUUCUAAGCCCCUCGUCCGUGUAGUGUUCUCAAACUUUUGCAAAUUCUGAGAAAAGUGUCUUCCUUUGUAGAUUUUUUAAAAAAAUGUAUUAUAGAACUAUUCUUGAUUUCGGUUUUCGCAUGAUAUCAUGAAUUAUCUAUCCUGAUGUCUGUUUCAUCGGCUUCAGCCUUCAGCUUCGGUAGAUAACUCAGAUCUCGGCAUUGAUAAUUCAUGAUAUUGUGCUCAACCUCAUCCAAUAAAUUGUUAUCGGUACACCCGCUGUUUGAGAUGCUAGACCACUGCAGCUUACAACCCCCACCCAACCCCCGCUCCUUAGCAUUUUGUCAGGUUUCCAUGACAGUUCACCUGCACUCAUUUAAACUCCUUGGUGGAGAGAGGCGUAGUGUCUGUCUUAAGAACACAACGCAUUAACCUGGGCAAAAUUCGAUCCCGGACCUCACGCGACCUAGUGUUCAACCAAUAAGCCUAUGUGUCUCUCACACUUCAGACUUUUUCCAUCCUCAAAUUGGAUUUAUUUUGCACAUGUUUAGGCACGGUUUCAACAUUGUUAUAUAUAUCAUUUCAGUGUAGAAGGCUGGUCAGGUUUAAUGGAUGAGAUGGAAAUGGAGGUAAAGCGAAUAUCUAAGCGAAACCUUGGGCGGGAUGACAGGUGAGAUGCUCUUCCAGUGCGAAUUUUCUUCCCUGACUGCGACUCUCUUCUUACCAUGCCACGUCUGAGAAUCUAGGUGAAAUCAAGUUUUUAUCCCCAAUAGGAGAAAUUUCUGGACGCUUUGUUUGAUAUUGUGAGAAUAAGUUAAAAGAUCAUCGCUUCUGGGAGUUAGCCUUUUAACUCCCAUGAGUGACCAAGAUAGAGCUUCUCCUGACAAUAUGAAUAAAAAAUCAGGCAGAAAAGUGAUGAGAAUUUUUAAAAAAAUGUCAAUUAUAAGAUUAUUAGUUGAUCCAAUAUCAAAUUUUCCGCACUAACAUGAUAAGAAUUAUAUGGUUCAAAGUAAGGAGAAUUACCAACCUGAUCUGGGAGUGAGUGCGUGAAAGAAAUACUUUAAGGAAAGCCUUAAGUGAGCGAAAAAUCACAGUGCAUUCCCGAGUUAAGAGCAAUUUUUGCUUGACUGUCGAACGUAAUGCGGAGUUGCUUCAGUUUUGCAUUACUUCGCUCUGUGAUUGGUCCAGAAAUCUCGCACCACUCUCUCAACCAAUCAGAUCUAAAACUGAAGCCAAUCACGACCUGGCUUCGAGCAGUUGCUUGUUUUUACUUUGAGUUGCUAUUGGCUAAUGAUUGGUCCCUGGGAUUUCUUAGGUUUUGGUUUUUGCGACACUCGCUCGAAAACUGCGCCAAGGGAACUUACCUCGGUUUACGAGCAUCAAGCGAUAAGGAAAACUGUUACCCCACGGGAUAGAAUGUUUUCCGUCACAGGUUAUUGGCCAACAUGUUGACGGUUUAUGCACAACAAUUGGCUGCUAACCUUCUAUACUUGUGGGGGAGACAGGCUCUCAUUGUGAAAGUAGGGUGGAAAGUAGGGAACAUAACACAAUGACUCGGAAAGGACAGUGAAUAGGGAUUCACAAACCUACCCGAUCACUGGAGACGUAAACAGACGGAUUUUCAUCCUCGUAGAUAGUGGAUUCGAGUCGUUAUGAAAAGUUGACUGACAUUUUAUUUGGUGUACAGGUGUAUCUCAGAUCACGGUCGAGAAGCGCGGUUUCCGUUUCUGGACGAAGAUGUAGUCUCGUUUCUGAAUAGUCUACCAGUGUGGCUCAAGGUAAAUACAAUGCUGCUUUUUGAAACCGCAUCUUUGCUCCAAAAUGCCUAACGAAUAUUCGAUUAACAUUUUUUAAAGAAUUUAUUAAAUUCCUAUCGUCUUUAGUUAUUUUAGUCUGCUCACACCUCGGUUUUUCAGGACACGAUAACACUUUGUCAUUUGGUUGGCUAAGCUUCCGUGUAUCUGGUUUGUCUUUCGCUUUUGUGUUGUUGUCUGACUAAUUGUUACUCAGCUGGUCUCUCUGUCUCUCUUUCUGACUGUUGGACUGUUGGUCUGUUUAUCUGUAUCGGACGAUCUGUCUGUCUUUCUGUCGAUCGGUGGGUCUGUCUGUGUUGGUCAGUUGGUCGUUUGGUUCCGUAGUCGUUCUGUCUGUUGGUCAAUCUGUGAGUUAAACUGAAAGUAUGUGCUGUCUGACUGUCUGUCUGGUUGGCUGGCCAUUCUUCUCUUUAUUGGUCGCUUGUUGGGUCAGUUGGUCUGUCUGUCUGCUUGUCUGCCUCUCAGUUCAGUGGUCGAUCGGUGAGUCAUUCCAUAUGUCUGUGGGUCAGUCAUUUUGUCUUUUAAACCAUUAGUAGCUCCACUGUGAAACUUGUUUCUUGUCAAUUGUAAGUCUUAGAUUGAAAUUAAAUUGGGGUAUUUUAUUUGUCAUUGCAACUGUAAGUCUUCACGUGCAUAUCGGUCGUUUUAAAACUCCAAUACGUUUUAUUUUCAGACAGAUCCAGGCUUGCCUAGAGGGACUGGGGAGAAACAGUUGCUGCGCCAAGCAGCGAGGUUACUUGGCUUGACGUCAUCAUCAAAGUUACCUAAGCGCGCAAUUCAGUUUGGUUCCCGUAUUGCCAAACUGGAGAGCAGUGGAGAGAAAGGAUCGGAGACCUGUUCUAGGUUUGAGUCCUAAAUGGCCCGUUAAGUAAGCCGAAAUAGCAAUUAUCUGAUCGGUAAGGCUUAACAUUGGUCUUGGAUCGUCUGUGAAUAUCGAUGUCCAGAGGCACAGCGUUAGUAUCAUAACUAAAAAGUAUCCGAGCAAGCAGUUGAGACACAGGCAUCCCACAACAGCUUCAGCCUUUCACAGGAACCAAGUGUCUCACGGGACCGGAGCUUCUUUUGAUUAUGGAAGCAUGAAGUGGCUAGAGUAUAUUGGUUCUCUUACUGGAUAGGAUGCCUGUGCAUCACAAGUUAUCCCCCAGGCUCCCAACGUUUCGUCAAGUCACUUAGACAGUUCGCCGGAACAAGUUCACGCUGUCAUUCGUGGGUGGAGAGUGGCAAUAUACCUAUUGAACUCCAAUAUGGACCUGUCGAAUUAGAUUUUAUGGGAUUAUUUAGUAAUAAAGGUGAAUCUUACAUCGUCACUGGAAGAAUGGACCAAAAAAAACUUGCUUGGUUCAGACAAGUCAUUAUGAAACACGUCAAAAGUCUACGGUCGUGGUCCUCCCAUACUUUAAUUCCUGGCUUGGAUGUACCUUCUUGACU